AUGACACAGCAUCGCUGGUGGCCAUGGAACCUGAUAUUCGGCCUCCUGCUUGCUCUGCAGGCUCAUAGCACUCCCACCGUGAAUGUGGGCAUGAUCGCAGCUUUCCCUGCUGGCCCAUAUCUCCUCGAGCUCUUAGAGACCGCAGCAGCAGAGAACUCCUCGUCGUAUUUCCCUCUGCUAGACCGAAUCGCGGCCGGACACUUCGCCUCUGCCUCUACCGAUGCUGAGUUAUACGCCCAAGUUCUCGAUAUCUUGCAACAAGACGGCAGUCUAUCUAGCCCCGAGGCGCUGUCGACGUUCAAGCUUGCUUUGUCUUUGCGGUCCGCUGCCCCUCGGAUAGAGGCUCAUUAUCAAUACUACACCACUGCCGUUGCAUCCGCAGUGGAUGACGCCGCUGAGUCAGGAUGUAUCAACUGGGUGCUGCUGGACGGGAAGCAAUACUGCACUCCGGAACUCAACAAAGUCCAUAGAGAGGGACUGUCUUCUCUUAGACAAGCUAAGGAUCUGCCAUUCGAUCGAGCUCUUGGUGUGGGUAAAGAAGCCAUCCUCUAUGCCGAUCCAACUUCAACCUCCUUUGGAGAAUUCCACACGGCUCUUGCCAAAGCAGCCAGGCAGGGCUCUUUGAGCUAUCGCCUAAGAUAUCGCCGAAGUGAAACUACGCAUGCGGCAGAUCUACCCAUCAGCGGUUAUGGAGUCGAGCUGGCACUGAAGAGAACUGACUAUAUCGUCCUCGAUGAUCGAUCGCAUGAUGAGGAAUCUCAUGCCGCUGAGACCCCUGCUUCUGCUUCCAGCCUUGAUGACGAUGAGGAUGUUGCUGAUAUCAAACCACUGGCAUCAUCAGACCUCUCAUCACUCGGACUGAAAGUGGCAUCGUUCAUACUGCAAAGCGACAAGCCACUGGAUACAUUGAUAAAGCUGGCCCAGGAUCUGCCCAGAUUCCUAACUUCAAUUGUUGCUCACAAUGUUUCGUCACAGUUUGAAGAAGAAUACCAAAGUAACGGCGCACUUGGAGUGCCGGAAGGGAUGAACAUUCUGUUAGUGAACGGUGUUCAGCUCAUUGAACGUCAGAUCGAGCCAUUUGCUCUCAUCGAAAGGCUACGACAAGAGCGAAAACUCAUCGACGGCUUCCGUGCUCUUGGCCUCAGUGGGCAACAAGCAGUAUCUAUUCUCGGCCAUCAAAGCGUGUCUCUCGCCAAGGACUCCGAUGAGCCGCUGCGAUACGACUGGACCGAUCGUCUUGAGGACGGCCGAGUCUUGAUUUGGUUAAAUGAUCUCGAGAACGAUGAGGCAUACGAGCACUACCCCAAAAGCAUCGCCUCGCUGUUACAACGAGCGUAUCCUGGACAACUACCUCCAAUUGCGAAAAACAUCUUCACUCUUGUUGCGCCUGUGGAUCUCUCGAGCUCAGAAGAUGUCUCGUUCGUUACCCAGUUGUUGUCAUUCAUCUCUCGGGGCAUCUCUGUCAGAUUUGGCCUGGUUCCCCUGACUUCCACUCCGGAGGCUACCGCUAAAGCCAAGAUAGCCUAUCACAUCUUGGAGAAUUAUGGUAUCCGCGGCCUCAUUGGCUACCUAGCGCGGCUUCAACAGGCUGCUACAGUGCUGAGUGACGAAGAACUCUUCGCAGAGAUCACGGCAGGCCAUGAGCUCCUCGAAGACUCGGAGAAGAUGACGCUUGCAGAAGUGCUUGAAGCAGACACAUACCAGCAACAACUCGGACUUGCCCAACAGUGGACCAAUCGAUUGAAGGUCGACACGCCCAUCCGGCCAACCUUUUUCAAUGGUCUAUCAAUUCCUCGCGACGAAACUUGGAUGCAAAAAUUGGGGAUGCAAAUUGGCGAAGAUCUUCAAACAGUGCAAAAGGGAGUGUUCCAUGGCCUCCUGACUGAUGACGACUGGGCUCCAGGGCUGUUCCUGAGCAGAGCAAUCACCAGGAGGAACAGCUAUAUAACGCCGGACGACGAGAAAAAGAGCCUCAGGGUGCUCAAUAUCAACAAGGUUUACAAUGAGCACGCGAACCUUUUUGAGGACGUCCCUGUCCUCGAACCCGUUGCAGGAUCGCAAAGGGAAGAGUGGGCAGCUGUGACUGUGGUCGCUGAUCUCACAACAACGAGCGGCAAAGAGCUGGUCUUAUCCGCCCUGGAGUUCAAACGCCGUAAUCCCGGCGUCAGGAUGGACAUUGUUCACAAUCCCACGACUGCUACUGGUGCCUCCUCAGUAAAUGCUGCUCUCCAGGCCAACCAAGGUUCACUGAGCGACAUCCAAGACAUCAACGAACUGAACGAUCUUUUACAAACCCACUCCGAUUUUACUGAAAAGGACGAGUACUUUGAGGCUCUCGAGCAAUUCCUCAGCGCCUCCAAAAUACCCUCAGGGGCUCGGAUGAUCAUGCUCAACGGCCGAGUGAUUGGACCCAUCUCUGAAGACUCCGAGUUUGAUGCCGACGACUUUCAACAGUUCCUAGACGUUGAACGGAUGAAGCGUAUCCUUCCCGUCUACGGAGCGAUCGAGGAACUUGGCCUGAGCGAUAAGCUAGCUACUCCAUUGGACGCCGCUAGGCUGACGUCCAUCACUGCCCUCUCUACAAUUUCCGAAUUGCCUGAAGGCAUCUUCGAGUCCACGUCAUCGAUUCGGACCACUCUCUACGACAAGUGGCAUGCAACCCACACGGUCAUUGAAAGAGGCGACCAAGAAAGCGCCAGUAUAUUCAUCGUGGGCACCCUGAACCCCGUCAGUGAACAGGGCCAGAGGUGGGCUCCCAUCUUGAAAGUGCUGUCUGAGCUGGAGGGUGUCCACUUGAAGCUCUUCAUCAACCCCGUGGCCAAGGUUGAGGAGCUCCCGGUAAAGCGCUUCUUCCGAUACGUGUUGGAGUCGCAGCCCUCGUUCAGCGAAGAUGGGGAGGUACGGGGUCUGCAAGCUACCUUUAAGAACUUGCCAUCUGAAGCCCUGCUUACAACUGCGGUCGAUGUGCCCCCUGCAUGGCUAGUUGCGCCUCUGAUUUCAAUCCACGAUCUCGACAAUAUCAAACUGAGUGCGGUGAAGACAGCCGUCCAUGCAACGUAUGUCCUGAAGCACAUUCUCAUUGAAGGACAUUCCAGAGAGGGCAAGGGGUCGGCGCCACGAGGAGCCCAGUUGGUUCUCGCCACAGAGAAGGAUCCCCUCGUCACAGACACCAUAGUCAUGUCGAACCUUGGAUUUUUCCAGUUCAAGGCCAAUCCUGGAGUCUACUCCAUCCGUCUGAAGGAAGGUCGCAACACCGAGGUAUAUGAGAUCGAGAGCAUCGGUGCUCAGGGGUGGAACCCUGUUGCUGGAGACAAUGGUACUGAGCUCGCUCUGAUCGACUUCCAAGGCGUAACACUGUACCCUCGUCUUCAAAGAAAACCCGGCAUGGAAAUGGAGGAUGUCCUUCAGGAAAAGGAGCCUUCAGAUAACAUUGUUGCCAAAGGACUCAAGCUGGCAGAAGGCUUCUUUGGCGGAAAAUCGAACAAGAAAUCGCUUUCUGCACAGGAACACGCAGAGAUCAACAUCUUCUCCGUGGCCAGCGGUCACCUCUACGAGCGCAUGCUGAAUAUCAUGAUCGUCUCGGUGAUGCGCCAUACAAAGCAUACCGUCAAAUUCUGGUUCAUUGAGCAAUUCCUCUCUCCAUCCUUCAAGGAGUUCAUACCACGCAUGGCACAGGAGUACGGGUUCAAGUACGAGAUGGUAUCAUACAAGUGGCCGCACUGGCUACGGCAACAGAAGGAGAAGCAGCGAGAGAUUUGGGGCUACAAAAUUCUGUUUUUGGAUGUCUUGUUUCCCCUCUCCUUGGACAAGGUCAUCUUUGUGGAUGCCGACCAGGUUGUGCGCACCGACAUGAUCGAGCUGAUGAACCUUGAUCUCGAAGGCGCCCCCUAUGGGUUCACUCCCAUGUGCGACUCCCGCACCGAGAUGGAGGGAUUCCGUUUCUGGAAACAGGGGUACUGGGCGAACUAUCUUCGAGGCCGCCCUUACCACAUCUCCGCCCUCUACGUCGUCGACCUGAGGCGCUUCCGGGAGCUCGCCGCGGGCGACCGCCUCCGCCAACAGUACCACUCGCUUUCCGCCGAUCCCAACAGCUUGGCCAACCUGGAUCAGGACCUGCCGAACCAUAUGCAGUUCCACAUCCCCAUCCACAGCCUGCCCCAGGAGUGGCUCUGGUGCGAGACGUGGUGCAGCGACGAAAGCCUCAGCGUAGCCCGAACCAUUGACCUGUGCAACAACCCGCUGACCAAGGAGCCCAAGCUCGACCGGGCGAGAAGGCAGAUUCCCGAAUGGACGGCCUAUGACGAAGAAAUUGCGGCCUUGAGACAGCUCUUUAAGCAAGAGACGGGAACCGCCGGCAAAGAAAGGCUUUCUGAAAAUGGAGACUCGAGAGCACCUGUGUCGGGAGCCAAAAACACCAAGAGCCGAAACUUUGAGAGCGACAAGACGCAUACAAAGGACGAACUGUAG